GUCUUCAAAGAUCUCGCCGAAUGGCACUACUUAUUAAUCGAAUGAUUUUUAUACUUAAUCACUCCACAUUGUGAGAAAAAAAUCUAAUACAUUAUCUAUAAAUAAUUCAUUAAUACUUCCCAGUGGAAUAAAGAUUUAUAAAACGCUUCUUUGCCACAAAAGGAUGAAACCAAAGAUAUUCAUUAUGUGUCUCCUUAUUGCUUAAAUAACUGGGUCCUUCAAUUUUCCCUAAAAAAACUUCAUUCAAAACAUUCCAAAAAUAAAAAUCAUUUACACUGUUUUUAGAAAUCAUUUCUUUCUUAAAUCCUUUCAUUCCAACUUUAAGUGUACAGUUUUUAUAGAAGCAACUAUAUUAUAGUGAGAAGCAUCCCUACAGGAGAACAUCCCCUUGUUUAACUCUGUUGAGGGAUGUUGUGUGAAGUUUAGAAUAAAUUGGUAUCAGAUAAAUUUAUUUUACUCUCCACUAUCUGACAUGUGAUUACAAUGGACAUCUGAUUACAAUUUUAAGAUAAAGAAGUUUAAGAUUGAACUGUCCUAAAGAUCCAUUUAAAGUUAAGUAGUAAGUACUAAGAUCGUAAACCGAGACGGUGCACUCGCCACUAGGGGGCGCUUUUUCGGCGGGGGAGGGGGGCGCCAACAUGCAAUGAUACGCCACUGUGCACGGGUGGUUCUAAUGACAACUAUUGUAAACAGUACACUAUUAACCUAGGAGACAAAUUGUUGAGGACAGGGAAGAGUAGAAACAGUUUUGAAGGUUUUACUAGAUUUCGUUUACACACCAGAUGGUGAAAUUUCUCUAAUUCUAUUAAAUAUUUGUAAACAGUCUGGCAAUAAAUCUGAAUUAACUAGAGGCAUUAAUAACCUCACUUAUUAGGAUGUUGUGAUUAUGAUUGUGUUUGAUGGCAAAGUCUGCUCACAUGGAAGGACCCAAAAAUGUUCAUUCCCUCAUUGGAGGUCUUGCCCAGGCAUUAAAAGGCUUUUCAAUGCCCAGAUCAUCUACUCUCAUCAGUGAAGAACUUAAAAAACUGUCUGAUGAAAUCAAAAAGGAAAAGAAAUAUUCGUGUUCUUCUACAGUUCUGACAGCAGCACCUUCCCAACAAUAUUCGGAGCCUGUCUCUCUGCCUUCUUCCACUCCAGGAGAAGAUUCCAGUGCCACUGUGUUCAAAAGACAUUCUCAACACACUUUCAAUUAUGAGAAUACCAGCGCUCCAAGUUUAAGUGCAUUAUCCACCCCAAGCUGUUCCACUGCUCAAAUAGAUUAUUCUAAUGGAUAUGAUGUUGCAGAUCAUCCUAAUACAGGAAACAAUGUUGGAACUAAUUUUGGAACUCAUGUGAAUCAUUUUCCCAACAAUUCAUAUCCAUGUCAGUCUAGAACAAUUUCUCCCUCCAACAGCUCAUUUCCUCAAACUAUUUCCCCUGCCUCAUCACAAAUACAUCCAAAUUCAGAUACAGACAUUUUGUAUCACCCUGAGUCAUUGCUAAAACUUUUAUCUGAUGACUCAGACUUCAUACCAGAUUCUACAGAGGUAUCCAGGGAAAGUCACUGCAAUUUUCAACCAUCUGAACAAGACCCCUCAUUGCAGUGUCCUACCGGAACUGCCAUUUUAAGAUUACCUGAGUAUAUAAAAGCACCAGCUAGAAUUUUUCCCUUGGUGAUUGGGUCGGAGACUUAUGGGUUACCUUAUCAGGAUAACGGGUCAACUGUGGCAGUAACAUUUAAUGUUGUUCAUGCUGCUGGUGAAUUUGUUGUUGCUAAAGUUACUGGUUGUGGGCCCUUUGAUACCAGUGCCCCUAACCCUGGUGGUAUUAUUCUCACCCUGGCUGAUGAAAUUAAAGUCCUUCACAAUAAAAGCGUCUCAGAGAUGACUAUUGACGAACAAAUUCAAUAUCAUUCGUUAAAAGAGGAGCAGAACGAAGUAAUCGCAGAGUCCAUUAAAAAAUUUAAUCAGCAACAAAGAAACUCGACUGAGAGUGCAAGUGGUGUUACACAUCCAGAGCAAACCAAAAACAUGGAGGAGGACAUACAGUAUCUAAAUGUUGGAUCCGAUGUCGUGGGCACAGUCGUAAAGGUCCCAGAAGGUGACUCAUUGGGUCUUAUUUCCUGCGAGAUAAAUGACGAUUUUAUCACAGUUCCAUUCACUGCUUUGGAAAUUCCAAUGGUAGGAGGGGAAACUGUCCUCUUUGAUCUGGAGUUAAACUGCAAAACCAAGAAAACAGAAGCAAAGAGAGUCAAACUUGCUCCCCUUGACACCAACCUGAAGAAUGAAAAGAACACAAAAUUGAAUGGGAUGCAGAGAAAAAAAUCACGGAAUGUCAAAGAUAGGCAUUUACCUAUGAUAGCUAGUCCUCCGUCAACGUUUAGUCCACAGAAAAUUACGAAAUGCGGCAUGGUCGGUAAAAUAAUGAGUCUCCCAACAAAAAACCGAGACGGAGUCAUCAAGCUUUACGUGGAAAAACACUACACUAGAGCAGACUUCAAGUUAUCUACUUGUGGUGAUCAGUUCAGGACAGAGGUUGCUGUUCAGUUUGAUCUUAACGUCUGGUUUGAUACCUCUUCUCCCUUUGAAGCUGUGAAUGUAAAGCUAGCAGAUAAGGAUGUGGUAGUUGGCCGGUACUCGUUACAAAGCUUCAUCUGCGAGGAGCUUCCUGAUGGUAAACAUUGGAGUCUAGAGGACUUCAAACGCCUGUUGUUAUUGCUACGAGAGAGUGCGACACAAUCUUAUGAUUGGAAAUCGAUGUCACAAAGUUUGAAAAGAUCCCAAGGAGAUAUAAAGAAUUUCCUUCACAUAUUUGUCAUGAAAAUUAAUAAAACAACUGAUCCCGCUUUGAAUGGUACAUACAACAAACAACAACUUGACAAAUUCGUGAGCAACAUAAACCAAAUCAAGACGACGAAAAGACACAAUGUUUGUAAUAAUGAGAACGUGCCCCUUUCUGAAAGAAGACGAUCCAGAACUUCCUCGGCUAAAGAGACCCCUGUUCCAAAAACUCAAUCUAAAUUGGUGAUAAAAAAUGGUGCUAAAAAAGCGUCUGGUAAAGAAAAACCUCCUUCACCAAAAACGUUCACUGAGCUGAAAUCUAACAAGAGACCAAAGCUUGCCCCAGCCCCACCCGUACCGAUGGUGGACUCAAUAAGCAAAUCAGACAGCGUAAACCAACAGACUAGUCAGACUACUUCCUCUCACUUCUCACCCCAUCAGAGUUUUGUAGCUAAAAAUCUUCAGUCCUGGUCAAAGGUACCGGAGGUGCCAGGAGACCAGGCAGUGAACAGUGUGCUGGGUGACGUGUUCAGUUCCUGUGGUGAGCACACUUCACAACCAAUGUCCUCCAGCGGUGACACCUCAGAAGCUGAUGCAGUACCCGACCUAGGAGCAGUGUAUCGGUAUAUUGGUGCAUUGCUGGCUAAUGAGAAGAACUCGAAAGAUAUUCCGGUUAAAUUGAACGAGAUUGAAAGCAAGAUAGUCGUCUAUCUUUUACAAGACUUAUUUGACGACAUGUCAAAACGGAACCUGCUACCUCACAAACAGUUUCUCCUACAGCGGUACUUUGAUUUUACCGGAACUAAAACCUCCGGCAGGACUCCAAUUAAUCCAUUUAAAUUGAAAGGAUUUUUGCUGCAUUUACCGGAACCUCAAACUCAAAGAGGUGCAGAUUGAAAGGGCUAAUUAUAGGUCUCUUCUGGAUCAAUGUAUCAGUAAAGUUUUGAUUUUUAAUACUAUAAUCUUUGCAGUUGUUUCAUGUUUUUUAAAGAUUAGUGGCGUUUACAUUUUUAAACGAGCGUCGAGCUCUGCUAAAUACUGCAUUUGUACGAGUAUUUUCUGAAGUGCAAGUGAUGGUUUAAGUUGCAAAAGUUGUCAAAACCAAAUUCAAAAUUCUUAUAAAAAUGUUUUUAACUCGAGUUUUAAGCGAAUGAAAUAAGUUUAACUUUAUCGCGGGAAAUGUAUCUUUAACAAUAUUGUUCAUCGAAAGAAAAUAUGACACUUGACAGUUGCAGUCUUUUAUAAAUUGCUUAGCAGACAGAUGGUAUUAUUAUAUUUACAAAGUUACCAUUUUAUUUUAUA